GACAGAGCAUGAACGGGGGAGGGGCAGAGAGAGAGGGAGACACAGAAUCAGAAACAGGCUCCAGGCUCCGAGCCAUCAGCCCAGAGCCUGACGCAGGGCUCGAACUCACAGACCGCGAGAUCGUGACCUGGCUGAAGUCGGACACUUAACCGACUGCGCCACCCAGGCGCCCCUUCAACGUUUUUUUUUUUUUUUUUUUUUUUUUUUUUUAAGAAAAACCAUUUCUAAGACCUAUAACUCUUGUUCCAGGUAGAAUGCAACAAGAAGAAGUUAGUUAUUUGAGGGAAAGAGAGUUGAUUCUAGGAGAAGGAGAUGACAUGUAAAAACACAGAGUUGAGACAAAGAGCAAAGCAUGUUCUGUCAGUGGCUGGGUUUAUGUGUGGAGUUGGAAUAUACUCGUGAAGGGAGUUAUUUUUUAUUCAUAAGGUUAUGAAUGCUAAGGACAUUGUUUUAACAAAGAGUCACUUGUACAAUUUAAAUUGUAGACAUAUUUCAUGUCGACAGAAUUGUGGAGAAACAUGACAGCCUAGAACAAAAGCAGAUACAUCAGUUAGGAGAUUGUUAAUGAAACAGUCAAACCCUGAAUUCAUGUCUUUCCUUUCAGCCAGUUUCAGGCCCACCUGCCAGUCAUGGUACUAUUUCUCAACAACACAGGCACCCAGGUGACUGAAUUCCUGAUGAUUUGCUUCCCAGGAAUGCAGGAAACACAGCACUGGCUAUCUGUAGUCCUUGCUCCCCUCCUGGUUUUGGCUUUGGGGGCCAACUUUGUGUUAUUACUCACCAUUCGGCAAGAGACAUCUCUGCACGAACCCAUGUACUACCUGCUUGCCAUCCUCUCCGUGCUGGAUAUCAUCCUCUGCCUCACUGUCAUCCCCAAGGUCCUGCUCAUCUUCUGGUUCAACAUGAAGACCAUCAGCCUUGCAGGCUGCUUUCUGCAGAUGUUCAUCAUGAAUACAUUCCUUCCUAUGGAGUCUUCCACCUUCCUGGUCAUGGCCUAUGACCGCUAUGUGGCCAUUUGCCAUCCUCUGCACUACCCGUCCAUCAUCACUGAAAAAUUUGUCAUUUAUGCAGCCAUCUUCAUGGUCUUCCGCAAUUUUCUGGCCACACUACCCACACCAGUUCUGGCUGCCAGGCUCAACUACUGUGCCAGCAAUGUGGUGGAGAACUGUAUCUGUGCCAACAUUUCUGUAGCAAAGCUCUCCUGUGGGGAUAUUCACCCAAAUAAGCUCUACCAAUUUGUGAGUGUUUGGUGUCUACUGGGUUCUGACCUAGUGCUCAUCUUACUAUCCUACUGCUUCAUCCUGAGGGCUGUUAAACGUCUGCAGUCAGGAGGUGCAGCAACCAAAGCCUUGAGUACUUGUGGUUCCCAUCUCAUUCUUAUACUUUUCUUCUAUACAUUGCUGCUUGUCUUCAUCUUCACAAACAAGGCAGAAAAGAAGGUGCCCUCAGAGGUACCCAUUCUUCUCAAUGUCUUGCACCACCUCAUUCCACCAGCCCUGAACCCCAUUGUUUAUGGAGUACGAACCCAGGAAAUCAAGCAAGGGAUUCUCAAACUAUUCAAGUACCAGUUUUGAGAGAUAUGAGUCAAAGAUCCAGAUUAUGAAAGUCUGUUUUAGUGAUAGAUUCACCUAAAUGCCCCGAGGAACACAUAUGACAUCCAUGCUGCUACCCUCAUCUUGAACUUAAACCUUCUGCAGACACUGUCAUAAUAUUUACCCUCAUUAUCGCCUCCUCAAAUCCUCACUGAACACAUGUUUAGGCAACAAUUACCUUUUUAUUCUAACCCAUUGCCAUCAUGAUCCUUCAAUACCCAUUCAUUAAAUAAUUAUUUAAUACCUUCCAUAUACUUCUUAGUAUUUACAUUCUGAGUAACUGUCACAUUUAAUUCCUAGGGCAAGGAUGAGAUAGCACUUUAAAUAUAACAUGGGGGAUGUGGGUAGGAACAGGGGAACCAAUGAAGACAAUAUUUUCUUAAAUAUUUUAUUUAUUUUUUUUUUAAGUUUUUUUUUUUAAUGUUUAUUUAUUUUUGAGACAGAGAGAGACAAAGCAUGAAUGGGGGAGGGGCAGAGAGAGAGGGAGACACAGAAUCCGAAGCAGGCUCCAGGCUCUGAGCCAUCAGCCCAGAUCCCGACGCGGGCUCGAACUCACAGACCAUGAGAUCGUGACCUGAGCUGAAGUCGGUCGCUUAACCGACUGAGCCACCCAGGUGCCCCUGUUUUAUUUAUUUUUGAGAGAGAGUGUGUGUGAGCGAGGAAGGAGCAGAGAGAGAGGGAAAGAAGAUCCAAAGCGGGCUCUGCACUGAAAGCAGUGAGCCUGAUGUGGGGCUCGAACUCAUGAACCUGUGAGAUUAUGACCUGAGCCAAAGUCAGACACUCAAUUUACUGAGCCACCCAGGAACCCCACUCAACCCACUGAGCCUCCCAGAGACCCCAAGACUUAAUUUAAGUAAUCCAGGUGAAAUGUAAUAAUGGCUUGGAUUAAGGUGAUGAGUGAAAAUUGAAGUUAUGGGUCAAAGAUUUGCUGAGAGUCCAUAAGUAGGAUAUAAAAGAUGGAGAGGAGUAAAGGAUGACUCCAAGCCUUUAUUUUUCUUAAGUUUUUAUGUAAAUUCCAGGUAGUUAACAUUCAGUGUAAUAUUAGUUUCAGGUGUACAAUAUAGUGAUUCAACACUUCCAUACAACACCCCAGUGCUCAUCACAAGUGCACUCCUUAAUCGCCAUUACCUAUUUCACCCAUCUGCCCUCCCCCACCUCCCCUCUGGUAAUCAUCAGUUUGUUCUCUAUAAUGAAGAGUCUGCUUCUUCAAGGCUGUUUGCAAAACAGUUGGAAAGGCAGAAUUGCCAUUAACUGAGGAGCCAGUUUUAUAUGUGAUAUCAGAAAUUUGGCUUUGGACACCUAACUCUAUUUCCAUACCAAACUCCUCCAAAUGACUGUACUUUUAAAAUGACUGUUAAAUAUCCAAAUAGAGAAGUAAAAGUAAGCAACUGUACAUAUGGCACUAUUCAGGGACCAGAUCUAAGCUAGCGACAGAAGUUUGAGUCAUCGGAGUAUAUAGGUGGGAUUCAAAUCCUAUUUAGAUGAGUGAUAUGAAUUAUGUUGAUGAAUUAUCCACUUAUUUCUAUACCUUUCUUCAAGAAACUUAUUGAUGUGUUGGGUAUCCUGGAUCCAUACUUGUUUGCCACUCCCAAAAGAAUACAAUCUCAUUAAAAUCAGAAGCUCUUUAAUUCUUCUUUGUAUCUGGCAUUUUGUCUGGCACAUAAUAGGUGCUUUUUCAAUGAAUAAUUUUGACUGUCUCAAAACUUUUGAUCACAUUAUGUGGCAUCUGGAUUAUGGAAUCUUGAUCUAAAAAUAGUACUAUUUUGGGUGCCUGGGUGGCUCAGUCAGUUGAACAUCUGACUCCUGAUUUUGGCUCAGGUCAUGAUCCCAGGGUUGUGGGAUCAAGCCCAUGCUCAUCAUACAGCCUGCUUAGGAUUCUCUUUCUCUCUCUCUGUCUUUCUCUUCCUUAUUCCCUUCUCCCCCACUCAGGCAUGCUCUCUCUCUCUCUCUCUCUCUCUCUCUCUCUC